UUCUCUGUGGUUGUUCAGCUAGAAGAAGGUAUUUUCGGAAAAGCAGCGUCCUUUUAUGACCGUAUUGGUUAUAAGGGGCCUUAUGUUUUAGCUGUCGAUGCGACAGCGAUUUUACCUGGUCUAAGAGUGAAGGGAAACAAAGUAAUAGGAGUUUCAAGUGAGGAGGACGUUUUCGUUCAUACCGCCCAGGACAUAAUAGAAGUGAUACAUAGCGAGACAACAGAGAAGGCACGACUAGCUAAUGCGUUCGUUUUAACCCCUCUCCAAAAGCAUGUGCCGAGCUAUGUCCUUGCGAUCUCACCCGUAGUUAAAGGGCAAGAUUUUGUAACAGUGACAAAUUGGUUUACUGCUGCGAUAACCUAUGGACGUCGACAUAAUUUACCAGUAAUAGGAAUAGGUGCAGAUGGAGACUCAAAGUUUAGGAAGUACUUCAUGGAGGAGUUCUUGACAAGAACUGGCAUGGAUAGAACAAUUUCCAUACCUCAUAGAGGUUUUCAUUUCCAGAGUGUCAUAAAGGAUAUCGACGGAGUAGCUGUUCCGACCUUAAUGUUCCCUGACUGGAAACACCUGAUUAAGAAGUGGCGCAACCAAAUCUUAAACGUGCGGCGAAUUCUGGUCCUAGGAAACGGCUUUGUUAUGAUUGAAGAGCUGAUGCAAUUGUAUGAAACAAAGAAAUUAGAAAGUGGCCUGUGGAAAAGUGAUAUUUUUGUAAAAGAUCGUCAAAAUGUGGAUGCUGCGUUAAGGAUCUUGCAGCCACAGGUCCGCAAAUGCUUGAAAGAAACGGACAACCAAAGGACAGAAGCACUUCGUAUGUAUCUUAAAGUAGGGAACAACAUGUUGAGAGCUUUUACAGAGGAAACCUUGUCAGUAAAGGAACGCUCAAAGCUUGCGUGGUCAGCUGUUUGCUUUGUAAGGCUGUGGAAAGCAUGGAUUGAGAAGUCCACGCACCCAGUACAGUCUUCUUUUAUAUCAUUGCAAACUUACAAUGAUAUGAUUAUUGCUGGUCACUCUCUGAUUUUGUCCAUGAAAGUAUUUUCCGAGUAUUAUCCUGAGCGACCUUUCCAUCCUUCGACAUUUGGAUCUGACAGCUGCGAAAGGCUCUUUUCGACCUGUCGUGGAUUCUACCGAGGUAAAACGAACUUAUGCAUGCUUGACCUGCUUCAGAUUUGUGGACGAAUUGUAAAACUUGAAGAACUGAGGAAUAGUAAGACUCUGGGAGAUGCAGCCGCUACGUGGCCUGCUUUGAUCGAUGAUGAAAUCUUAAGUGGUAUUGUAGAAGCGGAAAGAGAAGUUAUCAAAACAAUGGAGACACUAGGUAUGCUUCCCCUGCUUACAUCAAGUAACAUUCUCCGAACCGGUGAAAAUGGUGACAUUAUUUACAUCAACCCAGGAAUGGAGACGAACUUAGUAGACAUAACCUUUGAGCCUGAGGAAAAUGAGUGCAUGACUGUCGAUGAACUACUUGACUUAGACAACGACAUUUUGUGUUCUGUCGCAGAAGCAAAUGAACAGUGUUACUCACAUUCUCUUACUGAUCUUGCUGCGUCUUCAGCGCAAGCUGCAUAUAUCGCGAAGGGAACCGAUGAAACCAUAGAGGAUGACGAUGACCCAAGUCACUGCAAUUUCUUUCCGGCCGGUACAUGCAAAUACGUCGAUGCUACUUUUAAACCACCUUCAACAACACACUGGAUUGGUUGUGACUUUCCUGAAUGUGGGAGGUGGUUCCACGAGUCAUGUCUUGGACUAAAAUUCUCAUCUGAUAUGGAAAGGCAAAGAUAUGCCUUCGUGUGCAAAUCGCAUGAUAACAUCAGUGGCCUAGACAUGUUCAGCGAUCGUGUAACCGCAUCAGUAUCCGACAAAAGUAUGCAGGUCGAAGAUGAAGAAUUAAUAGAGGGGUCAGCGGCUAUAAAGACAGCUAGAAGAUCCGCAUACAUCGCCGGAACAUCAUCAACAGAGCAGCUUUCUCCCCCGAACUACGUGGAGUACGAGGGGAAAUUCUACCACAUUGCAAAUUUCCUAUCAUUGCAACAAGGUAAAGUGUACAACCCCUCCACUUCAAGAAUGGCCAGGUGGAUGGCCGUGGCAAGAAAUGAUUUUUAUGAGAAAGUUGAAGCAAUUGUAAGUCCCAAAAAGACUACAAAUGGACUUUACUUAAAUGACAUUUCAGCUUUCUUUGUACCAGGGAUCGGUGUAAAGUGCGGCCAGGUCUUACGCUUGCUGCGUAAGACAUCUGCGAAGUCUGCAAUACCAGUAUUCGAAUGGAAGAAAGAC